AUGUUUCUGCUGACUCCAGUCUUGGUAGCAGUCGUCUGUAUUUUGAUGGUGCGGAUCUUUACAAAUGCUAAUGGAGGCACCAAGAGAAGGAAGGAGGAGCCUAGGGUUGAGGCCCGUCCUUGGGUGGAUGAAGACUUGAAAGACAGCACUGAUGUCCGCCAGGUGGAAGAAGCUAAAGAUGCUGAUGAAUGGCAAGAAUCAGAGGAAGAGGUGAAACACAUCCCAUUCUCCCACACCCGGUACCCUGAGAAGGAAAUGGUUAAGAGAUCCCAGGAAUUUUACGAACUUCUCAAUAAGAGACGGUCUGUUAGAUUCAUAAGUAAUGAGCAAGUCCCAAUGGAAGUGAUUGAUAAUGUCAUCAAAGCAGCAGGAACAGCCCCCAGUGGGGCCCACACAGAGCCCUGGACCUUUGUGGUUGUGAAGGACCCAGACGUGAAGCAUAAGAUUCGGGAGAUCAUUGAGGAGGAAGAGGAAAUAAACUACUUGAAGAGGAUGGGACCUCGGUGGGUUACAGACCUGAAGAAACUGAGGACCAACUGGAUUAAAGAGUACUUGGACACAGCCCCUGUUUUGAUUCUCAUUUUCAAACAAGUACACGGUUUUGCGGUAAAUGGCAAGAAAAGGAUCCACUACUACAAUGAGAUCAGUGUUUCCAUCGCUUGUGGCAUCCUCCUAGCUGCCCUGCAGAAUGCAGGACUGGUGACUGUCACGACCACUCCUCUCAACUGUGGCCCCCGUCUGAGGCUGCUCCUCAACCGCCCUGCAAACGAGAAGCUGUUGAUGCUGCUCCCCGUGGGGUACCCCAGCAAAGAGGCCACGGUGCCCGACCUCGCGCGGAAACCUCUGGAUCAGAUCAUGGUGACUGUGUAG